AUGGACCAAUCAUCGGCGAAUAAACAUCGAACUCCAAGUCGCUGUAGAGAAUGGGAACGUCAAAGAAGAAUGAAAUUUAAUGAUGCUAUAUCUAAAUUAGGAGAACUUGUUAAAUCCAUAAAUAAAACCAAUAGUGCUUCAAGUGAAGAUGUAGAUAAUGUUCAAUAUCCAAAAAUUGAGAUUGUGCAAAAAGCAAUCAUUUGUUUAACUAAUUUUGUUCAAGAAAAAACUCAACUUAAAGCAGAGAUACUGGCUUUAGAGAUAAAAUUGGAAGGUGUGGAAAAAAAGAAGCCUGAUAGACGGGAUGUCUCAUUACAAGUUGCAAUUGGUGUAAAUAAAAACAGUCAAAAUAGUAAAUAUGUUAAAUUACUGAUGCUACAAAAAUCUAAACAGAAAAAUGUAAAAGAAAAGGAAAUCAAUAAAAUCUCUGAGAAAAAGAAAAAAAAUAGCAAUAUAGUAAACAAAUUUCCACCAAAACUUCCAAAGUUAUUACCAUUGUCCCAUAUGAAAAAAGAGAAUACCAUCGUCAUGCUCCCAGCUACUCCAUAUAUUUUUCCACAAAGGCCAGUAAUAUUUCCUCAACCUCCUACUUUUGUCUUGGUUGAUACAAACUUGCAACCUCUGAACAAAUCUACUACUAUACCUAUUGUAAAUCGAAACACAAACGAUAUUACUAAAACAACAAUGGUUAAUGUACUACCUAUAUCAGCUUACUCACAUUCUUUAUCAGAAAAAAACAAAAGAAAUACUGCUAAGCCGCGAACUAGUGUAACCAAAAGAGGAGCAAAGAGAGUCAAUCAGAUAAAUAAAAAGGUAGAUUCAAAUAAAUCAAAAACUAAUAAACAAAUAGAGACAAAGUCAGAUGAAAAUAAAAUUACAGAUCAAGAAAGGGAAGUUACUCCAGAUACCCAAGCAGGAAAUAUAGAGACGGACAAAACUUCUAAAGCGCGUGUUGAAAAAACAGUAACAGAAGAUAGUGAUAAAAAAGAAUUAUCCUCAAAACCUGAUCUUACAGUUAACAAUGUAGAUGUAGAACCUGAGAAUAAAAUUGAGAACAGUCUAACUGAGGAGAUUCACGUAACAGACAAAAUGAUAAAUAUUCCAAAAUGCUCUGAAUCAUCCACAGUAAAAGAAAUGAAAAAAAUUCCAGAGCCUACACCACAAAUACCAGUGACAGUUGAAAAGCCUAUAACUAUUACAAAUAGUAUGGACGCAACACCAGAUAAAAUUCCACCAGAUAAACCAAUACAAGAUUACAAAAACAAAGAUAGUAAAAUACAAAAUAUUUUAGAUCCUUCAAUUUGUGAAAACGUUGUUGACGGUGGCAAUGCAAGAUUAGAAUUGGCAGAGGAAUUUUUAGCUGCUUCGCCUACUGCAGCCUUUUUAAUGUCUUUUCCUCUGGUCAGUGGAAAUAGAGCAGACAGUCCUGCAGAAGAACCUCAAGCUAACCAUGCCAAAGAAAUUCAUCACAGAAAUGAAACACUUACUCAACCAGUUUCUUAUUUUGAGAAGCCUAAUUUACCACAAAAUAAAAACAAACCUAAUAAACCAGACAAUGAAAACAAUAUUAUUAAUCCAGUUAGUAAAUCCAGUGAUCAACCUAAAUACCAUAACAAUAACAAAUCUAUUGAUGCUAAAAUUUCGACGUCUGUUUCAAGUCUUGUGACAAAUGAAAAUCCUUUUUUGAACUUACCAUUGCCAUCCAUAAUACCAUCAUCAUGUACUUUAGCUGACGCAUCAUUUACAAUAGAUUUUGACUGCUCUGUUAGUAAAUCGGUAACAACUCAAGUGACGACAUACAGUACCACUAGUAACAAUAUUUUUUAUAAAGGUGAUCCAUUUAAUACUGUUAAAAGUAGUAUUUAUAGUACAAGUACCAUCUCAUCUGGUCAUGAAUAUAAUACUUUGAGUCUUUACCCAUGUGCGAUGGAAAAUUACUCAAAUAAAAAUAAAACAGAUUUUACUAAUGUUGAAGAUAAUCUUAUGAAAAUAAACAACUCUAGAUUAACAUACGAUAUUGAUUUAGGAUGGUCUCAUAAAGGUUUUGAUUUUGUUAAUUGCACUACUAGUGCUAAUACAUUUCAUAAAGACAAUAUAUUAACCAAUACAUCAACACCAUUUUCAACCGCUUACAAUCCUUUCAAUCCAGAAUUUCAUGUACCUUUAGUACCAAGUUCAAAUAAAAAGAAUUCAACGAACAAACCUAAUGCAUUUCCAGAACAAAUCACAACUUUUUAUAAUCAAGGAACUAAUUUAUGGUCAGAAGACGUUUCGUCUAUACACACAAACAGUAACGUUUCUAAAAACUUUAUUUCAAAACAACAAAAUUAUUUCCCCACGGAGCAUUUGCAUUCAAACAUCAAUUUAAAAACUAGUGCAGCUAAACCAUUUGAAACUAAACAAAUUAAUGAAAAUGCCACAGACGUAGGUCUAAAACCAUCGUCAGUUUCUGUGCCAUCUCAUCAGCUAGUUGAAAAAUAUACAAAAAAAUCUCCAAGUAAAAUGCAUAUUAAUUGGAUGACUUCUGAAAUAAGACCAAUGCAAAAUACCUGUAACCAAAGUCAAGCUGAAUUAAAAGAAUCUAUUAAAGCUCCUUACUCUCAAAAUGAGCAAGUAACAAAGAAGAACAUCCAAAGUGACGGCAACUAUUUCCCUAUAAAUAUGCACCAUUUUCCUUCUCAACCUAAUCACGAAGAGCUUCACGUAUGGCCAACAACUAGACCCGCGGGCACUACAGAAAUAAGCAUGGAACCUCCUCCUAUUAAUUUACCUACACUAGUUGGAGACUUAGCUUUAGGUCCUCAUGACAAAAAAAAGAAUGAAGCUCUAAAUAGGACUUUACCACAUACAGAUUUACAGAAUUGCGGCAAUUUUCUCUCAGUUACCCAAUUGAUGAAUCGGUCUAAUGAAAACUUGCCUUUACGGCCCAAUGGAGUAGUAGCUGAAACACAAAAGUCUAUUUCCUCUAAACAAAAUAUAUCUCACGCUCUUAAUGAAGGAAAUAGAAAGACACGAUUGGAUAAUCAUUCACAAAUAUGUUACGGUUUUAGCGAUUCUAAAGUAAGUCAUCCAUAUGAAAAUGUAAAUCAUUUUUCACAACCAAAAGCUAAACCUAAUAAACCUGAUAAGAGUUCGAAGUCACAAAAAAACAGCUAUUCAGCCGAAGCGUUAAUAAGGGGUGGUACAACUUGUAGUCAAAAGCUACAUGACAAUAGCAGUACUAAAUUUAUGAUGCCCCAAAAAUAUAACGAUUUUAAUAUUACUCAAGAUAGUGGGGUAGCUCAAGUUUCACAUUUUCCGCCAAUCCUUGAUUAUACAGAUAACAGCUAUGGCAGCCAACAAUUUUCAGGAACAACUUUAUAUAAUUCUACAACAAAUACGAUAUCUAAUUCGUUUUACUCAAAUUUUAUGCCUGGAAGUAGCAAUUUAAUGACAAGUAACUAUGCAAGUGGACCGUUCCCUACGGAUUUUGUUGAUUACAAUCAAAGUGCAGAAUGUAAUAAUUACACAAAUCAUAAGUAUGACAGUAAACUAAGAAACAAUGCAGCUAUUUAUCAAGAAAAAGAGUCCUCAAAUUACAAGACUUCCAGAAGAGAAACUGCUGCUAAACAUAAAUUGGAAUGUUCUAAAAAAGAGUCUAGCAAAAAAUAUCAAAGUAAAAGAGCUAAAUUAGGCAACGAAGUUGAUGAAUGGAACGAUACUUCUCAUAUAUUUUGGCAAAAUAAAGCACAAAGCAAAAAACAUCAAAAUAUGAUGUCAGAAGAACUGGCGUUCCCUAAUUACAUGGGUAACCAAAUGCCUUCCCAAUACCAACCAGACUUUUUCAAUAGCCACCUAAUGCAAUCAAAUAUACAAAAUGUAGGAUCGAAUGGUGAUCGAACCUUGUCUGGUAUCCCCGUAGCGUCCCGCGCCAACUUUAACCUGAGCGCAUUAUUUCCUGAAAUAACAAUGAAGGUGCAG